AUGGAGACCACAUUUACUUGGAAAUUGAUAUUCUGUCUUUGCUUGGUCCGUGAAGUUACAGCUGGGGCUAUUUCCUAUAAGGAAUCAAAGGAAGGAUUCCCAGAGAAUCUUCAUCAUAAAAUGACUAAGAGAGAACUGGAGAUCUUUUUUGGAACUGAUGACCUAUCACAAGUACCUGAGUACGACAUUAGCGAACCGUUUAAAGAGAAAACCGAUGAUCACCGUCAAAAGAGAAGUACUGAAGAUGAUAAAAAGUACUUCAAGAUAAAGGCUUUUGGCGAAGAACUGUCUUUACAACUCAUAUUAAAUCAGAAGCUUAUGUCACCCGAUUUUAAGGUGGAAAUCAAACGAAGAGAUGGGAGAACAGAGUAUCAACCAGCUCCGAAAAAUACUUUUUAUCUUGGAAAGGUCAUGUCAGAGCCCGAGUCAAUGGUGGCUGUUAGUCACUCCCAGGGAGUGCAUGGACUGAUCCAGCGAUCUGGUGAAUCUUUAUACAUUCAACCGCUGCCAACUCAUCUCUCGAAGCACGUCGAGUAUAAAGAGAUAAGUCAACCUCACCUCAUUGUCAAAAGAUCAAUCAGAGAAAAUUUAGUUUUCAGCAAGCGAGCUAAGGCAACUUCACCGAAAGGAAUUUUGCGCUCCAUUGAAUCGUCAAACAAAUACUUGGAAGCUGCUUUGGUCACAGAUGAAAUCACUGCUGAGAAAUAUGGCGAGUCCAAAAUUGCAUCAAUUCUGCUCAUCAUUGGGAACAUUGUCGCAGGCAUGUUCCAAGAUCCCAGUAUUGGAAAAGUCAAAGUUACCUAUGUCAUAAAACGUGUCACAGUUCUAAAUGCUGCAGAGCUUGGUUUGCAAUCAUUGAGUAAUAAUGGCAAAGUAAUAAGACUCGAGAAAUGGAACAAAGACAUCGCUUAUUCGGACAAAGUCGAUGUCACUUCAUACAUAUCUAGAUUGGUUGGAUCUGGCGGUACCGCACCUUUCAAAUCAAUGUGCAAAAACGAAAUUGGGACAGUGAACGUAAACAAUGAUUUGGGACUGCAAUCUGCUGGAAUCAUUGCUCAUGAAACUGGCCACAACUUUGGCCUGGGUCACGACGGUAGUGAAAAUCAAUGUGAGGGAGGUACGUACAUAAUGGCUGCAGUCCUCCCCAAUGGAGUUAAUGCCAUGAGAUGGUCGACCUGUAGUGCAGACGAAAUGCAAACAUUCCUCAGAAGUAGCGAGUCCUCGUGUCUGGAUGAUGUGCCGACCGAAGUUCUUCCCACUCCCUCUCCUGAUGUAGCCGACUUAUCAGUCCUCCUCCCUGGUGAAAUUAUGGAUGGAGACACGCAGUGCAAAAGUCACUAUGGGGAAGCGUACAGGCGUUGCAGCCAACUAAGGAAAAACUGCGCUUUAUACUGCACUUCAGAUGGCUAUUCAUGUAUAUCUCAAAGGGUUCCGGCUGCAGAUGGUACGAGUUGCGGAUCACGAGACUGGUGCAUUAAGGGAGAAUGCGUCGAUAAUGGACGUGCGCGCGUUGAUGGGGGGUGGAGUAAGUGGUCAACUUACACCCAAUGUACUCGGUCCUGUGGGGGAGGGGUACAGCACAGGACAAGGACAUGCACUAACCCUACACCAAAGUACGGAGGGAAGAACUGUGACGGAUCAACCAUUGGUCAAUGGCGAACCUGCAACUUUAGGCCAUGUGCCAACGAAACGAUUUCAUACAGAGAGAUGCAAUGCAAGGUGUACAACCAAAAUUUUGUGCCAUACUACCUUGGGUCAGAUCUCUGUGGACUCUACUGCCAGAUUGGGAGCAGAGUCUCAAGACAUGGAAAAGUCAAAGAUGGAACUCGUGCAACAAAACAUGAAUUUGUAUUUGACGUCUGCAUCAAAGGGACACGUGAGCCUGUAGGUUGUGAUCAUUUGAUGUAUUCAAGGAAAAAAUUUGAUCGAUGUGGAAAGUGUGGAGGGAAGGCAGAUUCCUGCAAAGACGAAAUGGGUAGUUUUACAGAAAAGAUAAAACACGUUAAUGAGUCGGCCGUAAUUAAGAAACUUCCUCCUGGCACAGUUUACGCCUACUUCAGAAAGAAAAUCUCUAAGUCGUACAAUGUACUAGGCAUUCAAGACGUGUAUGGAAACUACCUUAUAAAUGUGCCUCAUACUUACUCUAAGACAAUAAAAUACGCUGGAGCUACAAUAACCUACAAACACGACGGAAUGCAAUACAGAGAUUCAUUGGAGAUCCGUGGACCUACCACAGAGACGCUGAAAGUUGUGUUCUUAAGAGUAAGGGAAGAGACUGCAGGAGUAGACUAUAUGUUAGAAAGGCCGCUUCUUCUCGGCGAAUCUGUGGAAAAUCUCUCAUACCAAUGGGUGCCUAUUUCACAUUGGUCAACAUGUUCUGUGACCUGCGGAGGAGGUACUCAAACUCGAGAUGUGUUCUGUUUCCUCGCUCAAAAUUCUUCUGUUGUCUCCGAUGAAGCUUGUGGCUCACUCGCAAAACCAGCGAGCACCCAGAAAUGCAACACCCAAGCGUGUGAAGCUAAAUGGUACGUUGAGGAGUGGACGCCUUGUUCAAAAACGUGUGGGAGCGGUAUUCAAACACGAAAAGUGAUCUGUCAGCAGGAAGUGUCGUCAAAAACUGUUGUCGUAAAAAAUUCAAAAUGUCCGGCAAUAACUAAACCAGUUCUUUCUUCGAAAAAGAGAUCUUGUAAUGAAAUCGAUUGUCCCGCUGAGUGGGUUGUGGACUCCGCCUGGUCCAAGUGUUCCACUACAUGCAAGCCAGGCAAAAUGACCAGACAAGUAGUGUGUCAAAAAAUCGACCAAAGUGGGGCAACAUCAACGGUGUCGGAUCUUGAAUGUGCCUAUCGGCCCAAUAAGCCAGUCACUCAGUUAGCCUGUCAUGUUAACAUCCCUUGCCCUGCUGAGGGGAACUCAAACGGAAAAGGCAUUUGCGAUGAAGUGAACCCUUGUAAGAAUGGAGGAAUUUGUACUGGCAACUCUGUUAAUCACCCCUGUUUGUGUCAGGCUGGUUUUACCGGUUCAUACUGCGAAGUUAAGAGGGACCCUUGUGAAAGCAAUCCGUGUGUAAAUCAAGAAAUCUGUUCUCCUGAUGUGAAUUCACCUCUUGGAUACACUUGUGAAGAGCCAAGUUAUCCAUGCGAUAGCAGCCCAUGUUACAAUGAUGGUGUUUGUGUAAAUGACAAAGUAGACUCUUCAAAAUACCAUUGCCAAUGUCCUCCCUGGAUAACUGGAACUAACUGUGAAGUUUUGUCGAGUGCAUGUGAUUCCAGCCCGUGUGUCAACGAUGGUUACUGUAGCAGUGAUCCAGCCAAACCAUCUGAGUAUAAAUGUGCUUGCAGUGAAUGGUUCAAGGGAAAAAAUUGUGAAGUUCAAAUCUUCCCAUGUGAUAGCAAACCUUGCGUUAAUGGUGGAUCAUGCAGUAACGAUCCAAGUGACAUCUCAAAAUAUCACUGCAAGUGUCCCAAAUGGUUUGUUGGAGACAAAUGUCAAGACAAACAAACAAUAUGUGACGCAGCUAAUCCGUGCAGGAACGGAGGGACUUGUAAAAGCAGUUUAGAUAAUCCUGCAGAGUACAGUUGUGAAUGUGGAGACUGGUUCCUUGGAAAAGACUGUGAAGUCCAAAGGUAUCCGUGUGACAACAAACCCUGUGUGAAUGGAGCCACCUGUAGUAAUGACGAUCAAGAUGUUUCAUUGUAUCACUGUCACUGCACCGACGGCUACAGCGGGAAAAACUGUCAGGUUCCCAAGUUCAGAGAAAUCGCCUGUUUCAACACUGGUUCUAGCCUCCUCUCUGACAUACUUGGUGACUUUAAGUCCCAGGUUGCAGAUGAAAAGCAUCAGGAAGUAAUAGGUGCAUGCGCUGAGUUGGCGUUUGAUAAAGGCUACAAGUUCUUUGCACUGGGAUAUAAUGGCGUAUGUCGAUCAGGACCGAACGCCCGCGAUGAGUACCACAAAGAAGGUGCCACUAGUGAUAGCAAUUGUCCGAAUGGCAUCGGCAUCAAUAAACGUAUUGCUGUUUACACAUUUGAAUUAAUCCCAAAGCAAAUUAGUCUAGGAUGUUUUCAAGAGAAAAAGUCAGCUCGGCUUCUUAAUAUAAAGUUCGGAAGUUUCUCGAGCUCGUACGAUGCUCAGGACCCUUACGCUAUGGUCAUCAGAUGCGCGCACCUCGCCAGAGACAUGGAAUAUGAAUACUUUGCAGUACAGAACUCUGGGGACUGUCGCACCGAUGCAAAAAUAGUUGACAACUACAAAACCUAUGGAGAAGCCUUGCCGGAUAAUUGCCUGGGAGGGGUGGGUGCAUCAUUGACCAAUUUUGUAUAUCGGCUAAGACCGGCGUUUAGUGGUCCAAACGUGUGCGAUACCGUCCCGUGUAAGAACGAGCGUACGUGCGUGGUACAUUUCAGCGAUCCGAAUAGGUACCGCUGUGAAUGUGGCGAUUGGUUCACGGGAAAUAAUUGCGAAGUUCAAAUUUACCCGUGCGACAGCAAACCUUGCUUAAAUGGCGCCACUUGUAACAACGAUCCCAAAGACAUCUCCAAAUACAAGUGCAAAUGCGCAGCCUGGUUUACUGGAACAAACUGUGAAGUUGCUCAAACAAUUUGUGAUACUGAUAAACCAUGUCUAAAUGGAGGGCAAUGUUCAAGUUCCUCAAGCAAGCCGCACAAAUAUUCGUGUGACUGCGGAGACUGGUUCAAAGGAAUUAAUUGUCAAGUUCGAUUGUUCCCGUGUGACAACAAACCCUGUGUGAACGGAGCCACCUGUAGUAAUGACGACCAAGAUGUUUCAUUGUAUCACUGCCACUGUACUGAUGGAUACAGCGGGAAAAACUGUCAAGUCCCUACAUUUAGCAAAAUCGCCUGCUUUAACACUGGUUCCAGUUUCCUCCCUGACAUACUCGGUGACUUUAAGUCUCAAGUCGAAAAUAAUAAACAGCAAGAGGUUAUCAGUGCAUGCGCUGAGUUGGCGUUUGAUAAAGGCUACAGGUUCUUUGCACUGGGAUAUAAUAGCUUAUGUCGAUCAGGACCAAACGUAAGGGAUGAGUACCACAAAGAGGGCGCCACCAGUGAUAACAACUGUCCGAAUGGCAUCGGUGUUAAUAAACGUAUUGCUGUGUAUACAUUUGAGUUACUUCCAAAGCAAAUUAGUCUGGGAUGUUUUAAAGACAAAAAGUCAUCUCGACUACUUAAUAUAAAGUUUGGGAGUUUCUCGAGUUCAUAUGAUGCACAGAAUCCAUACCAGAUGGUCAUCAGAUGUGCUCACCUCGCCCGAGAUAUGGACUAUGAAUACUUUGCAGUGCAGAGCUCUGGCGACUGUCGAACAGACUUAGAUAUUGUCGAAAACUACAAAACCUAUGGGGAGGCCUCUCCAGACAAGUGCCAGGGAGGAGUGGGUGCAUCACAAACCAACUACGUAUACAGGCUGAGACCUGCUUUUACUGGUCCAAACGUGUGCGAUACUGUACCAUGCAAGAACGGAGGGACAUGCGUGGUGCAUUUUAAUGAUCCGGAUAAGUACUACUGCGAGUGCGGCAGUUUUUUUCAUGGAGACAAAUGUGAAAAUCAAAUAUUCCCGUGCGACAGCAAUCCGUGCCAAAAUGGCGCCACUUGUAAAAACGAUCCUAAAGACAUUUCCAAAUACAACUGUCAGUGUGCAAACUGGUUUACUGGGAUAAACUGUCAAGUUGCACAGACCAUUUGUGAUACUGAUAAACCAUGCCUUAAUGGAUUAAACUGUUCAAGCAACACAAGCAGCCCUGCUCAAUACAAUUGCGAUUGCGGAGACUGGUUCAAAGGCAAAAAUUGCGAAGUUCGUCUAUUCCCGUGUGACAACAAACCCUGUGUGAACGGAGCCACCUGUGUGAAUGACGACCAAGAUGUGUCACUGUAUCACUGUCACUGCACUGAUGAAUACAGCGGGAAAAACUGUCAGGUUCCUUCUUACAGCAAAAUCGCCUGCUUCAACACUGGUUCCAGUUCCCUCCCUGACAUACUCGGUGACUUUAAGUCCCAAGUCGCAGAAAAUAAGCAUCAAGGGGUUAUCAGCGCAUGUGCUGAGUUGGCGUUUGAUAAAGGCUACAAGUUCUUUGCACUGGGAUAUAAUGGCGUAUGUAGAUCGGGACCGAACGCCCGGGAUGACUACCACAAAGAAAGCGCCACCAGUGAUAACAAUUGUCCAAAUGGUAUCGGUGUCAAUAAAUGCAUUGCAGUCUACACCUUCGAACUACUUCCAAAGCAAAUUAGUCUAGGAUGUUUCAAAGAUAAAAAGUCAUCUCGACUACUUAAUAUAAAGUUUGGGAGUUUCUCGAGUUCAUAUGAUGCACAGAAUCCAUACCAGAUGGUCAUCAGAUGUGCUCACCUCGCCCGAGAUAUGGACUAUGAAUACUUUGCAGUGCAGAGCUCUGGCGACUGUCGAACAGACUUAGAUAUUGUCGAAAACUACAAAACCUAUGGGGAGGCCUCUCCAGACAAGUGCCAGGGAGGAGUGGGUGCAUCACAAACCAACUACGUAUACAGGCUGAGACCUGCUUUUACUGGUCCAAACGUGUGCGAUACUGUACCAUGCAAGAACGGAGGGACAUGCGUGGUGCAUUUUAAUGAUCCGGAUAAGUACUACUGCGAGUGCGGCAGUUUUUUUCAUGGAGAGAAAUGUGAAAAUCAAAUAUUCCCGUGCGACAGCAAUCCGUGCCAAAAUGGCGCCACUUGUAAAAAUGAUCCUAAAGACAUUUCCAAAUACAACUGUCAGUGUGCAAACUGGUUUACUGGGAUAAACUGUCAAGUUGCGCAGACCAUUUGUGAUACUGAUAAACCAUGCCUUAAUGGAUUGAACUGUUCAAGUAACACAAGCAGCCCUGCUCAAUACAAUUGUGAUUGCGGAGACUGGUUCAAAGGCGAGAAUUGCGAAGUUCGUCUAUUCCCGUGUGACAACAAACCCUGUUUGAACGGAGCCACCUGUGCCAAUGACGAUGAAGAUGUAUCAUUGUAUCACUGUCACUGUACUGACGGCUACAGCGGGAAAAACUGUCAAGUUCCUAUUUACAGCAAAAUUGCCUGCUUUAACACCGGUUCCAGUUCCCUCCCUGACAUACUCGGUGACUUUAAGCCCCAAGUCGCAGAAAAUAAGCAUCAAGGGGUUAUCAGUGCAUGUGCUGAGUUAGCGUUUGAUGAAGGCUACAAGUUCUUCGCACUGGGAUAUAAUGGCAUAUGUAGAUCGGGUCCGAACGCCCGGGAUGAGUACCACAAAGAAAGCGCCACCAGUGAUAACAAUUGUCCGAAUGGUAUCGGUGUCAAUAAACGUAUUGCAGUCUACACCUUCGAACUACUUCCAAAGCAAAUUAGUCUGGGAUGUUUUAACGAGAAAAAGUCAUCUCGACUUCUGAACGUAAAGUUUGGAAGUUUCUCGACCUCGUACGAUGCACAGAAUCCAUACGAGAUGGUCAUCAGAUGCGCGCACCUCGCCCGAGAUAUGGACUAUGAGUAUUUUGCAGUGCAGGACUUUGGCGACUGUCGCACAGAUGUAAAAUUAGUUGAAAAUUAUAAAUCCUAUGGAGAAGCCUCCCCAGACAAGUGCCAGGGAGGGGUGGGUGCAUCCCAAACCAACUACGUAUACCGAUUGAGACCAGCGUUUACUGGCCCGAACGUGUGCGAUACUGUACCAUGCAAGAACGGGGGAACCUGCGUGGUGCACUUCAGUGAUUCCAGCAGGUACUAUUGUAAUUGCGGAGAAUGGUUUGUUGGUAAUAACUGCGGAGUGCAAAUUUAUCCGUGCGACAGCAAUCCUUGUCAAAAUGGCGCCACUUGUGGCAACGAUCCCCACAACAUUUCCAAAUACAAGUGUCAGUGCGCAGACUGGUUCACCGGGGCAAACUGUCAAGUUUCUCAAACCAUUUGUGACACCGGAAAGCCGUGUUUGAAUGGCAGAAAAUGUUUAAGUAGCACAAAAAGUCCGGAGCAAUACAAAUGCGACUGUGGAGAUUGGUUCAAGGGCAAGAAUUGCGAAGUUCGACUUUUCCCGUGUGAUAACAAACCCUGUGUGAACGGAGCCACCUGUGCUAAUGACGACCAAGAUGUGUCAUUGUAUCACUGUAACUGCACUGACGGCUACAGCGGGAAAAACUGUCAAGUUCCCGCUUUCAGCAAAAUCGCCUGUUUUAACACUGGUUCCAGUUAUCUCUCUGACGUACUUGGUGACUUUAAGUCCCAAGUUGCAGAUAAAAAGUAUCAAGUGGUUAUCAGCACAUGCGCUGAGUUGGCGUUUGAUAAAGGCUACCAGUUCUUUGCACUGGGAUAUAAUGGCUUAUGUCGAUCAGGACCAAACGCCCGGGAUGAGUACCACAAAGAGGGCGCCACCAGUGAUAACAACUGUGUGAAUGGCAUUGGUAUCAAUAAACGUAUCGCUGUUUACACUUUUGAACUGCUCCCAAAACAGAUUCCUCUUGGAUGCUUUAAAGAGAAAAGAUCCUCCUCCUCCCGACUGCUCAGUGUAAAGUUUGGGAGUUUCUCGAGCUCAUACGAUGAACAGGAUCCUUACGCAAUGGUCAUCAGAUGCACGCACCUUGCCCGAGACAUGGACUAUGAAUACUUUGCGGUUCAGAACUUUGGUGACUGUCGCACAGAUUCGAAAAUAGUCGACAACUAUAACACGUAUGGAGUUGCAACUCCAGACAAGUGCCUGGGAGGAGUUGGUGCAUUGCUGACCAAUUAUGUAUAUCGGCUAAGACCAGCGUUCAUAGGUUCAAAUGUGUGCGAUACUGUACCGUGUAAGAAUGGUGGGACAUGCGUUGUGCAUUUCAAUAAUCCGGAUAAAUAUCACUGUGAGUGCGGAAGUCUCUUUGCAGGGGACAAUUGUGAAAGUGCAUUAAUAAAGUAAACACAUGCCGCUGGUUUGGCGAAGACAGACACCCCUAGCUAGUUUAAUUGGAUUGUAAAUUUACAUUCUUAGCCACAACAAAUUGAAUUGCCUUAUAUUAAUUUUUAUCAGAGUGAAUUUAAAGAAACCUUUACGUCAUUAAUCGUUGAUCGAUCCGUAAAGAAACCCGCGAAGAACACUUGAGGACACUUGAAGAAAUAUGACCGCAGUUCGAGGGAAAUAUAGGA